UGGUAACUGGAAGCUGGCUUAGCUGAAGCUGGAAGGGAAUCGAAACGGUUGGACGGUUUGGCAAAAGCCGAUUGAAAAUUUGCUAUAUUGACAUAAGGAAAUCGUUAGCCGGCUUAGCUAGCUGCCAGUUCGCCAGGCACAUUUAAAAUUAAAAAAUCUGCGAACAAUAUAUAUACACACACACACACAUAUAUAUAUGUAUGUCAAGGCAGACAAAGUGUUAUGCUAAUGCGAGUGAGUGGGCCAUGAAUAUAACAUGACUCAGGCAGCUUAGCCCAGCCAAGUGAUGACAAUAAGCCCCAAGAUGAGCAGCAGCAAGCUGGAAUAGAAAGACCUCCACAGAGAGAGAGAGAGAGAGAGAGAGAGAGAGAGAGAAAGGCAAGAGUAACUAAGAGCAAGCCCAAUAUAGAUAUUAGCCCAAAGAGUGAGAGAGAUUCUUGCACUGAGAUGACGGAGCUGAGACGCCUGGAAUCAUUGCAUAAGCAGCAUUCGCUGCGCGGCGAGCGUGUGCCACAUCCGAUGCUGCUGCAGCGCUCGCUGGCCGAUUUGGCCGGCUGCAGCUUGAGCAGCGGCGGCAACAGCGUGGCCAGCACCACCAGCAGCAGCACAGCCACUGCCACCACAGCGCUGCACCAACAGCAGCAGCAGCAGCAGCAGCGCAACAUAGAGUUCGAUGAGCAUGACAUUUACUAUGUCUCGCCCUCUAAGCGAAAAUCGGGCGUGGCACCUGUUGGGCCGGCGCUGCGGCCGGCUAAUGCCUACGAGGCGAACAAUAACAUGAACGGCAAUCACAAUGUGGUCACCUUCUCGGAUUAUGUGAGCGAACGCGGUGGAUCCAUCAGCAGCAGCUCGCAUCGUGGCUCGCUGAAGCGGGCCAAGGGCCGCAGCAAUCAGUCGCUCUGCAGCUGCGAUGCUGGCGACGAGGCGCAACUGCAGCCGGACGCAGCGCGUCCGCUGUACGAGUACAGCCUGGAGCGACGCCGCAAGACGCACACCUACACCUGUGAGCAGAACGCACAGAUACUCAUGAGACUGGAGCGCGAACGUAAUCGUAAAUUAUCACUGACUUCUAUUGGCGGAGGAAUCGGCGGAGGAGUCGGCGGCAGCCAGGGCACAGGCGAAUCGCAGCUAAGCGACACGCCCAGCUUGUCGGAUGUGGACAUAAUACCGCCUGUGCCGCCGCCGCCUGCGCUCAAACGGAACGGCAGCAUGCGCAGCCUGCGUCUGCUGCAGCAGCUGCAACAACAACAGCAGCAGCAGCAACAGCAACAGCAACAAUUGUUGCCAUUAGCUGUCAACAAGAGCAACAACAAUUUGGCAAUGGGCAUGGCUCAGCUGUGCAGCAGCGAUCUGCUAGAGAAUUGCACCAAGACGGCGCUCGAUGAUUGCGCUGCGACAUUGCUGAAGUGCGCCAACAGCGGCAAUAGCAACAGCAGCGCCAGCAGCAAUAUGAAUGUCAAGCCGGAUCUGUGCAAUGGCAAUGGCCACGCCCAUAGCCUUAAGAAGUCACACAAACCGAAGCACCCGCCCUUUGCCGCACACGAGGAGGACAACAUCUUUACGCCGCACUCACAGAAAUCUGAUCCCAGUUUAUGUUUUGUGCCAGCCGCAGCCGCACCAACAGCAGCUGGAACAACAGGCAGCACAGCAGCAACUAUUGCUGCCGCACCCAACAAAUACAAUACAAUCGGGCCGAGCAGCGAUUAUGCCAGGCACUUGGCCCACUAUAGCCGUUACCUGCAGAAGCAGCAUCAGCAGCAGCAAUUGGCUCACUUUCAGCAGCAGCGCUGUCGCUGCUUCUCCCAAUCGCUGCUCAACUUUCCAAUCAACCAGCAGCAGCAGCAGCAGCAACAACAGCAACAGCAUCAUCAGUCACAACAACAACAGCCAGACUCCAAGCCGAACCUGGGCAUUCUGCAGCAGCUGACAGAGCCGGCAGCACAUAUUUUUCACACCAGCAGCAUGGACUGGACGCUGCCGAUGAACAGUCGCAGCUUUGGCAAUUUGGUGGACAUUGAUGGCGGCUGCCGUGUGCCGUAUCAGAAAAUGCAACAAUCAUCGGCGCUGGCCUCCUCCAAUUUCACAAUGAACUCCUUCGAUAGCGCCAACAGCAAUGGCAUACUCAAAGAGCGCGACUCUCAGUCACAUUUGCCAGCCCACGCCCACUCACAUCCACACAAUCAUCCGCAUGGCCAUUCGCAUCAUUAUCAUGCACACGAUGUGGCCCAUUCGCUGCUGCAUCAUGCGGCCGUUGGCGCAGGUGCCGGCAUUCCGGCCACGCCACAGAAACAUCAUCAGCUGCACUCGAGCGUCACGAGCAUCAUGCCCUGGAAGCAUCGACAGUGCCCCAGUCGCGGCUCAUCCAGUUCGGGCACUAACUCAUUCCGCUUCGAUGCGGCCAAGCAUUGGCUGGCAGUCAGCUCGAUACUCUUGAUAAUUGGCGCUGCCAGUGUGGCCGUGCCCCUGGCGCUACGUGUGGCUGCAAGUGCGCCCUUUGAGGAGCGUUUGCGCGUUGCCGUACAGCUCUUGGAUCAAGUGCCUUUAAUCGAUGGGCAUAAUGACUUACCCUGGAAUAUACGCAAGUUCCUCCACAACAGACUCAACGACUUCAACUUUGAUGAGGACUUGCGCAACGUGGUGCCCUGGGCGCGCAGCCACUGGAGCCACACGGAUCUCACGCGCCUGAAGAAGGGACGCAUAUCAGCGCAGUUCUGGGCAGCCUACGUGCCCUGUGAGGCCCAGCAUCGCGAUGCAGUGCAGCUGACGCUGGAGCAAAUUGAUGUGAUCAAAAGGCUAACCGAUCGAUAUUCGCCGCAGCUAACCACCUGUACCUCGGCGCAGGACAUCAUCGAUGCCCACAAGAACCAACAGCUGUGCUCGCUGACCGGCGUCGAGGGCGGCCACUCGCUGGGUGGUUCGCUGGCUGUGCUGCGCACCCUGUACGCCAUUGGGGUGAGGUAUAUGACGCUGACAUCCACAUGCCAUACGCCGUGGGCCGACUCGAGCUACGCGGACGCGCCAACCUUCAACAUGAAGCACGGCGGCCUCACCAUAUUUGGCAAGGUAAGUGCCAGCCAUCAUAGCCGUUAUUGUCUGUCCUCUCUUCUAGCUGAUUUAAUGCUAAUUAGUCGCGGACGACGGUUCAGCUCACUUUAGUUCGGUUUUGGGGCAAUUCUCUCGUGUGGCUUUUAGGCGGAUUUUGCGGCGCCAA